CGAGUGGACAGCCAGCACGAGCAUGGGACCAGCCUCAGUCUUCCCGCUGCCUUCCAGCCUGGUGGAGCUCCCUCGCCCAGCUUAUACCUCCGCAGACAGGUUCCUGGCUCCCUCUAUCAUGUCAGGCCGCACUCCACCUCUGACUAAAAUGGACCAAAAGACAGGCGAAUCGGAUCAGAUAAUGGAAUACUUCAAACAGCAGGUGCAGCUGCUGAAAGAGAAAGCAAUGCUACAGGCCUCAGUCCGAGAGGAGAAGAAACUGCUGGUGGAAAACGCCAAACUGAAAAAGGACAUCGAGGAUCUUAAAAAAGUACUGCAGGAGAAGCAAAAGAGGAGAACAGCACGACAAGCAACCCCUACCCAGAACACCCCCAAAUCCACCGCUCCGGAGUGUGGUACCCCGACGGCCCAGGCUGGGCCCGCUAGCUCCACCCCCUCCGCCGUGGACAAGAACCCGCAGAAGAACGAGGGAAGACGGAGGAGAGCAGAAAGGAAGGGAGAGAGGAGGGAGAGGAGGCUGGACUCGGCGGCUCUAGACCAGGAGCCGAAGGUGGACGUGUCUCGGCUGGACCUCCGGGUGGGGCGGAUCGUAACGGCCCAGAAGCACCCGGACGCCGACUCGCUGUUCGUGGAGGAGGUGGACGUGGGGGAGGCCGCGUACAGGACGGUGGUCAGCGGCCUUGUGAAGGACACCCCUCUGGAGCAGCUGCAGAACCGGAUGGUGGUGCUCCUGUGCAACCUGAGGCCCUCCAAGAUGCGGGGGGUGCUGUCCCAGGCCAUGGUGAUGUGUGCCACGUCCCAGCAGAGGGUGGAGAUCCUGGACCCCCCCAGCGGUGCUAUGCCCGGUGACAGGGUCACUUUCCAGAGCUUCCCUGGAGAGCCGGACAAGGAGCUGAAUCCCAAGCAGAGGGUGUGGGAGCGGGUGCAGGCGGACCUACGCACCGACGGAAAGUGCGUCGCCACCUACCAGGGGGCCGCGUUCGAAGUGCGGGGCAAAGGCCUCUGCAAGUCCCAGACCAUGAGCCACUGCGGGAUCAAGUAAAAUCAUCACAAUCAUCUGCGUUUAGCCUGGGCUACGUUUCCCAGAAUCAGCAUAAAAUCAUCACAAUCAUCUGCGUUCAGCCUGGACUACGUUUCCCAAAAC